AAAAGAGCAACGUCAUUCUUAAUACUUCAAAUAUGGCGUCAAAUACUGAUGGGAAGCUUGCUCGUGGCAUGAGGCUGUGGAUAAUAUUCAGCGCCUUCUUUGUGUUCUGGCCAAAUUACGUACGAUGCCAAUUCGAGGGGGAUGUACGGCUUGUUGAUGGAGCCCAGAAUGGGCGAGGGCGGGUCGAGAUCUACCACGACAACCAGUGGGGUACUAUCUGUGAUGACACAUGGGACACCUCCGAUGCACAAGUUGUCUGUCGACAGCUCGGUUUCGGAACCACCAACGCUCGCGGAUAUACCGCUACCAGUCCUGGGUCUGGUCCUAUCCACCUUGACGGGACCCACUGCUUCGGGACCGAAUAUCGUCUAGAUUAUUGCUCUCAUUCAUCCUGGGGACUAAACGAUUGUGUCCACAGCGAGGAUGCAGCUGUAUCAUGUGACAUCAAUGAAGGGGAUGUCCGACUUGUUGGUGGGUUCACUCCAAACCAAGGCCGGGUUGAGAUCUACCACAAUUACCAGUGGGGGACAGUCUGUGAUGACAGAUGGGGUGACUCUGAUGCGAGGGUAGUUUGUCGACAGCUUGGAUACUCAGGUGAUGUUGGUGAAGCCAGGAGUGGUGGUACAUAUGGACGAGGAUCUGACCCAACAUACCUUGACGAGGUCGGCUGUUUGGGAUAUGAAAGUAGAUUGGCGGACUGUAGUCACGACGGAUGGGGCAUUGAAGACUGUACUCACAGCGAAGAUGCAGGAGUCUACUGCAAUGAAAAUGUACCCGCUACAUCUUCACCCGCUACAUCUUCACCCGCUACGUCUUCACUUGUCGUGGGCAUCAUGUCGUUUGUUGGUGUGUCCUUGUUCUUGCUGACCAUGUCUGCUCUCAUAGCUGUGUAUUACACCUGCAGUCAGCGUAAGCCGGCUAUCAUACCUACGCAAUCAAAUCAGAUCCCUCUCAGCACCAUUACUUCUCAUCCUGUCGCUUAUCACACCGCUGCGGCUGCCACUUCAAAUAGCAUGACAACAGGGCCCACUCAGCCAUCAUUGCCGCAGCAACCACCAGCAACUGAAACCGACUCUCUACCAAGUCCUCCCUCAUAUAACGCCUUACAGGGUGGACAAUCCGACUCUAUGCCCCAACCAAACUAACACAGCAUAAUUAUGCUAGACCCUAUAAAGGAAUGAGGUGGGGAGCCAGGCUCGUACAAAGGGGGGAA